AUGGCGGACUUGAAACAGAUCUUCAAAGAUAUUGAUGAAACAUAUCCCGCUUAUCGUGAUGUCCUUGCUGAGGCAGUUGCCAUAGAAAGCGUAUCAUCAGAUCCUAAUCGUCGUGAUGAUACUAUUCGUAUGUGCCACUGGAUGAAAGCUAAAAUGGAGAAAUUGGGAAUAGAAGUUCAUCUUGAAGAUAUAGGUACACAAAACCUUGAUGGGAAAGUGGUUCCACUGCCUCCCGUUAUUCUUGGAACUCUUGGGCAUGAUCAGAGAAAGAAAACCCUAUUGGUCUAUGGUCAUAUCGAUGUGCAACCUGCAAGUAAAGAGGAUGGCUGGAACUCUGAACCUUUUGUGCUAACUGAGAGAGAUGGCAAACUGUUUGGCAGAGGUUCUUCUGAUGAUAAAGGGCCCGUGUUAUGCUGGCUACAUGCUGUGUCCAUGCUUCAGAAGCACAAUGUUGAUAUACCCGUAAACAUCAAGUUCUGUUUCGAAGCAAUGGAAGAGAGUGGGUCAGAAGGACUAGAAAGUUUGCUUGUGAGAAUCAAGGAUACUUUCCUCGCUGAUGUCGAUUUCUGUUGUAUAUCAGACAGUUAUUGGCUGGGAAACACUAAGCCUUGCUUGACUUAUGGAUUAAGAGGUAUAUGUUCUUUCUCUGUUGAAGUUACUGGUAUCAAUCAAGAUCUACAUUCUGGUGUAUAUGGAGGUAUCAUUCAUGAACCCAUGUCCGAUUUGGUUUGGAUCCUAUCUCAACUUGUGACGAUCGAUAAUAGAAUUCAAAUCCCAGGAAUUUAUGAAGGUGUUGCUCCUUUCACAAACGAAGAAGAAAAUUUAUACAAAAAUAUUGAUUUCGAUGUAAACGAGUUUAAAAACAGUAUUGGUGCCAAAAAACUUCCUGUUGAGGACAAAGAAACCGUUUUGAUCAGACGUUGGAGAGAACCAUGUUUGUCUAUUCAUGGAAUUGAAGGAGCUUUCUCCGGUAAAGGGGAAAAAACUGUGAUUCCUUCAAAAGUGAUCGGAAAGUUCUCUAUUCGAAUUGUACCGGAUAUGAAACCAGAUGAAGUCACAAAAAUUACUUUGGACUAUCUGAACAAUUUAUGGAAGAACCGUAACUCACCCAACGUUUUCAAGCCGGUUGGUAAUCAAGGAUUCCUUCCAUGGGUUUCUUCAACCACAGAUCCCAACUAUGUUGCUGGAACUCGAGCUAUGAACAUUGUUCACGGAGUUGAUCCAGAUCUAAUUAGAGAGGGUUGUAGCAUCCCAAUAACCCUCACCUUCCAGGAGUUGACCGGCAAGAACGUUCUCCUUCUGCCUCUUGGAGCUUCGGAUGAUAUGGCUCAUUCGCAGAACGAGAAAAACAACAUCGUCAAUUACGUUGAAGGAGUCAAAACCUUACUAGCUUACAUCCUAGAGUUAGGAUCUGCUCAUUAG